GAGUAGUAAGCCUGCUUAUCAGUUGAACAUGCAGAUCGUCGCAGCUUUUGGCCGCUCUCGGCUCCGAUGCCUUGGCCCCGACUGGGCACGGCCGAUGGCGCACCUUAUGCGCCUUAGCCGAGCUCGGCUACCCCCCCCCCUGAUCACGGCAUACGAAGGCCUAUAACAAGUCGGGUCGGUUCCCCUUCGCAUGAGACCCGUGGUGUAAUAUUUAAUAAUGGAAAAUCUCGAGCGAACUAGAUAACACUCACAGGUUAAUCUUUUAGUCGCUACAUCUUGUUGCUGCUUUCAGAAACAGCAUUCUCUCCCUCCGGCUGGGCAGGUUUCUUAGAGCACGAACCGGCCAUGUCGCAGGACUUGUCGAUGAGCAGGAGCGGAGACGAAAAGAGACAAGGAACCCCGAAUGAUGUCAUCAGGGGAGAAGAAGAAGGGAGGGAGAAGGAAGAAAGCAAGUCAUCGCUAGAGAACGGCGACAUCGACACGGUGCCGCCACCCGAUAAUACGGGAGCAGCGACUGCGGAACCCCCCAGCGAGCAGCCCGAAGCCGACGGGCAGCCGCCCAUUUACUCUGUCUUCACGAGCCGCGAGAAGGCGGGUAUUGUGCUCGGCGUUGCCGUCGCCGCCUUCUUCUCCCCGCUCACCGCCAUGAUCUACCUGCCGGCCAUCAACGCGCUCGCCGAUGAGUUCCACGUCUCGGUCAGCGACAUCAACUUGACCAUCACCACGUACAUGAUCUUCCAGGGCCUGACGCCGAUGCUGGUGGGGUCGUUCGCGGACAGCGCGGGGCGGCGGCCGGCGUACGGGGUGUGCGCGGCGGUGUACGUCGGGGCGAACGUAGGGUGCGCGCUGGCGCCGUCGUACGGGGCGCUGCUGGCGCUGCGCAUGGUGCAGUCGGCGGGGUCGAGCGCGACGGUGGCGCUGUGCCAGGCGGUCGUCGCCGACGUGGCCACGGCCGCCGAGCGCGGCGCCUACGUCGGCUUCACCACGCUGCCCAUCCUGCUCGCGCCCGCCCUCGGCCCCGUCCUCGGCGGCAUCCUCGCCCAGCACGCCGGCUGGCGCGCCAUCUUCUGGCUCCUCGCCGCCGCCGCCGCCGCCCUCGCUCUCGUCCUCGCCGCCGUCCUCCCCGAGACCUGCCGCGAGAUCGUCGCCGACGGCUCCCGCCGCCCCCCGCCCGCUUACCGCACCCUCUGGCAGGUCGCGAGGGACGCGCGGGCACGCCGCCGCGCGGCGCGUAGGGACAAUGCUUUGCCGCCUGCCCUCACCCCCGCGGACGCGCCGGCGCCGACGGCGCGGCCGGCGCGGCGCAAGUUCGACGCGCUGAAGUCGCUGACGAUCCUGCUCGAGCGCGAGAUCUUCCUCCUGCUGGCGUUCGGGAGCGUGGUGCUAGCGGGGUUCUACUGCGUGGUGACGGCGCUGCCGCCGCAGCUGGCGGCGGGGUACGGGUACGACGACACGACGGUGGGGCUUCUGUACCUGCCGAUGGCGGGGGGCAGCGCGGCGGCGGCGCUGCUCAACGGGCGGCUGAUGAACUGGAACUACCGGCGGCACUGCCGGCUGCGCGGGGUGGCGUACGACCGGCGGCGGCAGCAGGACCUGGCCGGGUUGCCGAUCGAGCGGGCGCGGCUCGAGGUCGGCGCGCCGCUGCUGGGCGCGGCGGCGGCGGCGCUGCCGGCCUGGGGCUGGGCGCUCGAGCGCCGCGCGCACCCCGCCGCGCUGUGCGCCCUGCUCUUCCUGCUCGGCUGGGCCCUCGUCGGCUUCAACAACACCGCCAACGCGCUCCUCGUCGACGUCAACCCCGGCAGCGCCGGCGCCGCCACCGCCAGCGGCAACCUCGCGCGCUGCCUCGUCGGCGCCGCGGCAACCGCUGCCAUCGGGCCCCUGAUCGCCGCCGUCGGCGUCGGCUGGGCCUUCACCCUCCUCGCCGCCCUCUACGUCGCCGCGUCGCCGAUGCUGUUCCUCGUCCUCCGGAACGGCGUCCGCUGGCGCGAGGAGAAGAGGCGCCGGGAGCUGGCGAGGGAGGAGAGGAGGGGGGGGAGUGGUUGUGGUGGUGGGACAGGGUAG